CACGCAUUUGGCUUAUUAGGUCACGAGAUUUUGGAAUGAUGAUUUUUACACACCUUUUUAGCUUAUUAACUUUUUCUUUGGCAUCUUGAAUGGUAACAUUGAUUCCCCUGACAAAUAGAAAGAUAACAUUAUAUUUGGAUGAAAGAAAUAAUUAGUGAGAAGACCACUUGAUUGGUACCAUUGUCUUGUUUUAAUUUUUUUUUUUUUGGGAAUUUGUCGAGUUAAGGAAUCAAUGGGAAUGAGUAUUUAUUAUUAUGGUCAUUCAAUUCACUAAUUCUACCCAUGUUUAGAAGGGGGAAGAAAAAACACCAUAUUAAACUGAAGGAAAAAAAAAAAAGAAGCAGCAAAUGACAACUAUAAAACUACAAGCUCCAUUCAUUACUUUGUAUUAGAACUCUCUUUGCAUUAAUUUGUGCUCAAAUAAGCAAAUGGGUUCUCUAACACUAGUUCAUCACAAACUUCCCACCAUUGAGUUCUCCAAAGAAAACCUAAAACCCGACACAGAAUCAUGGUCAAAAGCUUGCAAACAAGUCGUAUCUGCCCUCGAAGAAUAUGGCUGUUUCAUAGCUGUGUACGAUGAUCUUUCUUCAGAUGUUCAUGAUUCCAUCUUCAAUGCUUUAGAAGAACUUUUUGAUCUUCCUACCGAAACCAAAAUUCAGAAUAAAUCUACAAAACCAUUGUAUGGCUAUGUUGGCCAAAUCCCAUUUCUUCCCCUCUAUGAAAGCAUGGGCAUUGAUGAUGCCAAUUCAUAUCAAGGAAUUGACAAGUUUGCUAAUGUUAUGUGGCCGAAUGGAAAUCCAAGCUUCUGUGAGAAGGUUCUUCCAUACACGAAGUUGGCAGCAAAAUUAGAACAAGUUGUGGUGAGGAUGAUAUUUGAAACCUAUGGAGUGGAAAAAUACUACGAGUGUCACUUGAAGUCGGUUGGUUAUCUUAGUCGAGUUAUGAGAUACACAGAAUCAGGUGAGAAGAAAUUGGGAUUUGUAUCCCACACCGACAAGAGCUUCAUGUCAACAAUUCAUCAAAAUCAAAUAAAUGGUUUGGAGAUAAAAGCCAAAGAUGGUGAAUGGUUCACUGUUGAUCUUCCCCCUUCAGCUAUUGUUGUCAUGGCUGGAGAUGCAAUCAUGGGAUGGAGCAACAACCGAAUACAAUCUCCACACCAUCGAGUGACUAUGGAAGGGAAAGGAACAAGAUAUUCAAUUGCACAAUUCUCUUUUCUGGAAGGGAUUGUGAAAACACCAGAAGAGUUUACUGAUGAUGAUCAUCCUUUGCAAUUCAAGCCAUUUAGCAACCUGGAAUACCUUGAUUUCUUCAGCAAGGAGGAGAAUCGUAGGCUCGAGUGUGCUUUGAAACAUUUCUGUGGCGUUUGAGACAUUUCUUUCUUGAUAAAAAUAAAAAUUGAUAAUUAGUUUCUUAAGAAAACAAAAUAUUUCAGUGUGUAUAUGUGUUUGAUCAUCAUUUACUUGCACGUUGUUUAAUGUUGGUCUAGUGUUUUGCUCGCUGUGAAAAGUGUAAUAAAUUUCGGGAUGUAUUCUCAAUACUCCAACAUAUAUUUUGGAAUAGAGGGAGUAUGAUUAUACUACCUCCAUUUUAAAUUAUUUCUCAUUUUCGUGUGUGAAAAUUCCAUCAAUUUAUUUGUCGCUCGCAAUUCUCAAGAUAAC